GAAGGAGAUGACACAAUCCUGGUACGAGUGGUUCCAGCAAAGUCAUCACGACCUCCAGGCAGAAUCAAGGUGAACUUUGAAGACAUGGAGAAGAAUCGAGAGGAGGAGAUAAAGAAGAAGGCUGAGGAAGAGAAGAAGAGACGGUACGAUGAAAACAGACGCUCCUUCAGGGAAGCCAAACGACGCUCGAUUGUUCCACAGGAUGAAGAGGAGAAGCCUGCAGAGAGGUCGCAGGUGACCCCUGGGAAGCUGAAGAUGACGUUUGAGGAGCUGGAGAAGGAGCGGCAGGAGCAAAGGAGGAAGCAAGCGGAGGAAGAGGCCAAGCGGCGACUGCUAGAUGAGAAAAAAGCUUUCGAGGAGGCCAGGCUGGGAAUGGGAGAGGAUGAGGAGGACGCUCAGCCGGCUCAGCAAGAUAAGGAGGAGUUCCGACCUGGAAAACUGAGGCUGAGUUUUGAGGAGGUGGAGAGGCAGAGGGUAGAAGAAGAGCGCAAGAAAGCAGAGGAGGAGUACAAAAGACGAAUGGAAGAGGAGAGAAGAGCUUUCGCCGAGGCCAGGAAGAGCAUG